AGAGGAGGAGGGGAGGAUCAGGAGAAGGGGGCGGGGGCUACAGGAGAGAGACAGGCAGACCCCACACACCCACUAGAACUGUGAAAGGAGCCAGCUGAGCAUUUGGAGUGAUAGCAUUGCCUUGGGGAACUCAGUACAGCCCUGGGGCGCUCAGAGAGGGAUUUCCCCACUACUGGAACUGCUUGGAGAAUCAUCACCCCCAUCCUUUCUUUCCCCAGCAACCUCCCCGGUGAGGUUUCUUAAAGGGACCAUGCAACUUUUCCAGUCCUCCCUAGAACUGCCUUUGGAGUAGUAAAGGGACACUUUUGGGAAUGUGAAAUCUUUCCUGCCUGUUUGUCUUAGAAGCAACAGUUCCUCUACUCCCUCAGACUGAGUCUUGAGUGAGGGCCGGGGACCCACUUGCCUGUCAUUUACAGACAGACACACUACCUACCACCUUGGUUCUCCGGACCUUCAGAACUCUGGCAGGAUCAUGUUCAUAUCACAUUGGAGCUGCAUCCCAAGUGUGAAGGUAUAGCCCUGAGCCGGGACUGGAAAGGGGCUGGGGGGUGGAGCCCUGGGGCUCCCCCCCAGGCUCGAGCUGGAGGGCGGAGAGGAAGCCGGGGGCUAUGAUGAGAUGAGUGGAGGCCGCUUUGACUUUGAUGAUGGUGGUGCAUACUGUGGGGGCUGGCAAGAUGGCAAGGCCCACGGACAUGGGCUCUGCACAGGACCCAAGGGCCAGGGCGAGUAUUCUGGCUCCUGGAACUUUGGCUUUGAAGUGGUGGGCAUCUACACCUGGCCCAGCGGCAACACCUAUGAGGGUUACUGGUGCCAAGGCAAGAGGCAUGGCCUGGGGAUAGAGACCAAGGGGCGCUGGCUUUACAAGGGUGAGUGGACUCACGGCUUCAAGGGGCGCUAUGGGACCCGGCAGAGCUCGAGCAGUGGAGCCAAAUAUGAGGGCACUUGGAAUAACGGACUUCAGGAUGGCUAUGGCACCGAGACCUACGCAGAUGGAGGAACAUAUCAAGGUCAGUUCACCAAUGGCAUGCGCCAUGGUUAUGGCAUCCGGCAGAGCGUCCCAUAUGGCAUGGCAGUGGUGGUCCGUUCACCACUCCGAACAUCCCUCUCUUCCCUACGAAGUGAACACAGCAAUGGAACCCUGGCCCAGCAGGAUGCCCCCUCCACCCCCAUGGAUGGCACCACCCUGGCUACCCCCACCAUCUCCCGUGGUGGCUUUGCCCUCAGCCUCUACGCCAAUGCAGAGGCUGCUGCCAAGCACCCUCGGGGCAGUGGUGGCUUCUUCCAGAGAGGCUCUCUACUGGGGAAAUUGAGGCGCUCAGAGUCACGGAACUCUCUGGCCAGCCAGAAGAGCCGGGUCAGCUUCCUGAAGAGUGACCUGAGUUCAGCCGCCAGUGAUGCAGCCUCUACCACCAGCCUGGGAGAAGGGGCUGAGGCGGAGGACUUUGCCCCAUUUGAGUCUGACAUCGAUGCCACCACCACAGAGACCUACAUGGGUGAGUGGAAAAAUGACAAGAGGUCGGGCUUUGGGGUCAGCGAGCGUUCCAGUGGGCUGAAGUAUGAGGGUGAGUGGCUGGACAACUUGAGGCACGGCUAUGGCUGUACCACCCUGCCUGAUGGCAAGAAAGAGGAAGGAAAGUACAGGCACAAUGUGCUGGUCAAAGGCAUGAAGAAACGUGUUCUCGCCCUUAAGAGCUCCAAAAUCCGGCAGAAGGUGGACCACAGCGUGGAGGGGGCUCAGCGGGCAGCGGCCAUUGCCCGCCAGAAGUCAGAGAUUGCAGCCUCCAGGACAAGUCAUGCCAAGGCCAAGGCGGAUGGAGCAGAGCAGGCAGCAGUGGCGGCAAACAAUGAAUCCAGCAUCGCUCGGACCCUGGCCAGGGAGCUGUCUCCAGACUUCUACCAGCCAGGCCCUGAGUACCAGAAGCGGAGGUUGCUCCAGGAGAUCAUAGAGAAUGCUGAAAGUGUUAUGGAGCAUGUAGGCCGUGGAGAGGCCCCAGGAAUCCAGGAGCCCCCUCCGGAGAGCCCCCAGCUGCAUGAACGGGAAGCCUCCCUCCAAGGGGGUAGCACUCCAGCCCGCACCCCAUCCCCUCACCUUGCAGGUACACCCCCUGAGGCUAAGCGGCCUAGGCCAGGAGCACAGAAGGAUGGCUUCCUGAGCCCAGGAGAAUGGAAUGGGGAGCAGAGCCGAGAAGGCAGCCGUCCAGCGACCCCAUCUGAUGGGGGUCCUGGUGAGAGAAGGAACAGGAGCCCCGCAAGAACCCCUACUGACCACAUGGAGAUCCAGCCACUGCAGCCACCACCCGCACAUCCUACUAGGGAGCCAGAAGUAGCACACUACCAGGGGUACCACAGCUACGCUGUCCGCACAUCACCCCCUGUCCCACCACCGUUUGAUGAGGAGGAGGCUGACAGUGCUGCCCCCACCACACCUGUGACCCCCCCAGCCUCUCCAGUGUCCAAGCCAGAUGUCCGGCCUGAGAUGGAGGCACUCCCAAGUGCCACCACACCCCCCAAGCCAGAGCUGAAAGCCAGGGCCCCCAAAACAGAGCCAAAGCAUCCACCUUCUCCCAUCAAGGCAGAAACCCCAAGCCACACCAAGCUCACCAGAAAAACAGAAGCCAGGGGCUCAUCCAAGGGUGGGGCCAAAAAGAAGGGACGUCGAGAAGCAGCGGCUGCGGCAGCCUUGGAAGCCGAGAUGGAAUUGGAAGAGGCUCCCAACACUGUCCUUAUCUGCAUGGUGAUUCUACUGAACAUCGGCUUGGCCAUCCUCUUUGUGCAUUUUCUGACCUGACGUGGCCUUGGCUCAGGUGAGGCCAGGAGUUCCCACCCAUGCAAAUGUUGGAUCUCUUUGCAAUGACUGGAUGCAACCGCAGCUGUUGAGAGAUGCCGAGGGCAAGAUACUGGACCCAGGAACUGGCCACAGGCUUUCCAGCUCUGGCAGCCCCAGCCCCGAAAGAAAACUGCCCUGUGUUCUGUUUAGCUUCCCUGAUCCCAAUCUGGCUUGGUCUUUCCCGGUCUGGGGUGAGGAGGGGCUUUCCCUCUCUAAGCCCUCUAUGAACCUGAGGGCGGCAUCACCUACAUGAGUGUUUGUGGCUGCACCUGCAUGUGUACCCAGAGAAGGGGACCAGCAAACCCCCCACUCUUCCCGCUUGUCUGGCUGUUGGUGGAGGUGUCUCAGGGAACACCUCAGGUACAAUGGAAUGACUCUCCUCAACCCCUACCCCAAACCUUUCUUUCCCAAGGCAGGGGUUUGGUUCUACUCUCCAAGGCUGCUGAGGUUAGCCAGCCCAGGCUCUCUUGAAGGAUCCUUCUAGAAAUUCAAAAGCUGGUUAAGGGGCUCUCUGACUCAAGUGGCCAAAGGCAGCUGGGAAGGAAGGUGGCAUGGGGUGAACAGAAGUAUUGGAGAGGCCCUUGUUCUCCUUUGUGGCAGGUGAAUAUCUAUGGCAGGGAGGGGGAAAGCUGCCUUGGCUGAGACUUGCUUCUCUCCCCUUUCUGCUUCUGGGCUGCCGCUGCAGAGCAAAACAAUGACCCCAAAAGCAAUGAACAGGAACAAAUCCAUAUACUGCAGAUGCCUGAGGCCCGAGGCCAUGGGGAAAACCACUUUGAGUGAUGCUGCCUCUCCUGAUCCCCGCAGUGCAAAGGGGCUCCCACUGUGGCAGAAGCAGGCCUGGCAGCCCAUGGAGUUUUGGUGGGAUGGGAGGCUGGGUGCUUGGAGAUUGAUCACUGUUUCUUUGGAGUGCUUGAAGAUGACUUUUGGCUUGGCUGAUAGAGGAUGGCACUUGCAUGCGCCUACAUUUAAAAGCAUUUCUGUCAGUGGGGGGUCUCCCAGGAUGUGCCCUUCUGCUGUGGAGAGGAGUGGAUAAGAAAGCUCCAAAGGUGAGGUAGGAGGCAGGCAUCCUGAGGGGAAGGGACUCAGACCAGUCCCUCAAUGCUUGGCCUAAGAUGAAGCAAAUGAGGAGUGGGGCUAGAUGGAGAUGUGCAUGUUAUGGGAGCCCAAGUUAAGAAAGUGAAUUUUCCCCUCUUUGGUCCCUGUUUUUUGGACACAUUUCUAAGCUCCCCAGUUGGUCCCAUGUGAGGAAGACUGCCUCCCAGCCACUACCAUAAAGAGGCAAUAUAGAGAAGGCCUUGGGUGAAAAAUACCGCUCCUCCUCUCAUUCCCCUUCUCCUCGUACCCCUCUCAGCCUCCAUCCUGUGCUUGCCUAAAGCCUCUGAGAUUGGAACAGAGAUGGGCAUAGAGGUGGAGGUGGGGGUGAGGAACACUGUGCUUUCUCUGUUAUCUCUUUUCUCUCUUUCUCUCAAUACUCCUGAGCCUUGUUCCUGGACCUUGGGAUCUUGAGGACGUUUGUCCACUUGCCAGGGUCCAGAUCCCAGCUGCCCUUUAGCUUGGUUUAAAUCUCAGCUCUGAUUUCUGCACAGGGAGGUCAGAGGCACCUACCCUCUUGAUAUAGGCGGCAAUGGGGUGCCCAGUCUGGUUUCUGUGUGAUGGUGGAAAUUGACCUUUCAGAGGAGGUACCUAAAAGUACCUGCUACUUCAGGCUAGAGCACCUCAAUCCCCAAGACUGGCAACAAACAUUUUAGGCCUGGUUCCAGCCUUGGGAUGAUCCUCUCUCUGAUCAUGCCUGGGUCCAGAGGACAAUGGCAGGGGGAGGUGCCUGUGUGCUAUGUCCUGGCCUGUCUGUCUCUCUUUCUGCUAUACUCUAUGCGAUAAUAAAGUUACCUGCUCACUGUCCCAGGCCGAGGCCUGUGAAUUGGUUCUA